ACUUAGCCUCGUUGCAACUUCGCGGGUGAACCACGGUCGCCAUCUUGAGCUAGUUCCAUGAAUGCUAGAAAUGCAACGGUAUUGUCGGCAAGUCUAGAGAUUAGUAAUUGAUGAGUAUGAAAGGUAACAAUUUCACAGUUGUUGCAAAUGUAACAACAGCGGUAACAUUGAAGCUGAGAACAUUUGCCCUUUCCAGACAAAGAGGAUUAUAGCUGCAGAAAGGGGAACUUAUAAAUCGCAAUAUUUCGUCUUCUCAAACAAAUCGGUGCUCUUGCCCGGACUCUAGGCACCAGACAGUUUGGUGACUUGAGACAAUACACAAUGCCUCUACCAAGUCGAGCUCGUGUGUAUGCAGAUAUCAACACACACAAGCCCCGGGAAUAUUGGGACUACGAGUCUCAUGUUGUAGAGUGGGGAAAUCAAGAUGAUUACCAGAUUGUCAGAAAGCUUGGAAGAGGUAAAUACAGUGAAGUCUUCGAAGCUAUCAACAUCACAAACAAUGAAAAAUGUGUUAUAAAGAUUUUAAAGCCUGUCAAAAAGAAGAAAAUCAAACGUGAAAUCAAGAUCUUGGAAAAUCUCAGAGGUGGCACUAAUGUCAUCACACUUCUUGCAAUUGUGAAGGACCCUGUGUCGCGAACGCCUGCUCUUAUUUUUGAGCAUGUCAACAACACAGAUUUCAAGCAACUCUACCAGACCUUUACAGACUAUGAUAUAAGAUUUUAUCUAUAUGAGCUGAUGAAGGCACUUGACUACUGCCACAGCAUGGGUAUCAUGCACCGCGAUGUCAAGCCUCACAAUGUUAUGAUAGAUCAUGAAAACAAAAAGCUACGGUUGAUUGACUGGGGACUGGCAGAGUUUUACCAUCCAGGCAUGGAAUACAAUGUAAGGGUGGCAUCUCGUUAUUUUAAAGGACCAGAACUUCUUUUGGAUUACCAGAUGUAUGACUAUUCCCUAGACAUGUGGAGUCUAGGAUGCAUGUUUGCCAGUAUGAUCUUCAGAAAAGAGCCCUUUUUUCAUGGGCAUGACAACUACGAUCAGCUGGUACGGAUAGCUAAAGUUUUAGGAACAGAUGACCUUUAUGGUUACAUUGAGAAGUACCAGAUAGAUUUAGACCCACGGUUUAACGACAUACUUGGAAGGCAUUCACGGAAACGAUGGGAAAGGUUUGUGCACAGUGAAAACCAGCAUCUUGUCAGUCCUGAAGCCCUGGAUUUCUUAGACAAGCUUUUGCGCUAUGACCACAAUGAGCGUCUUACUGCUCGUGAAGCCAUGGAACACCCAUACUUUUACCCAAUUGUGAAGGAGCAGGGACGCAUGUCCACUAUGUCUGGACACACUUCUCCCACACCUGUCACCAAUACUGGACAGAUUGGAGUGCUAAUGCAAGAGCUUUUGGCCUCAUCUGACGCCUUGCCUGUGGUCUGCUGCGUGCAGGUUCUGCCGUGAGCAAUGCGGUGGGUGUGUCAGGCUCGCCUAUAUUGGCAGCCAACCUGUCACCUCUGCCGAACAAUGCAGCUGCGGCUCAGACCUAAAAGCACUGCCUGCCUGCCUGCAGCUUGACACCGCUGCCUUGCACCCUUGUGCAGCUGUGGCAGGCCUCUUCCCAUCCUCAGUGGACUGACUCUUCAUACAAACACCGCCUCCCUUUGGCUGCAUUCUGUGGGACCUUGUGGGUUCUGUGCAAAUGUAGCUCAGUGAAGAACUCUCUAGUGAGAGAUAGUGUGAGAAGUUAGUGAGCCUGUGGUUCCAGAAGGGGGAAAAAGAGUGCAGCGAGAAAAGAGAGAAAGGAAAGACAAACUGCACUGGCAACUAAAUUGGCAAUGGAUGUUGGCGUACUUCCAUCUACUCCCAUGUAUUUACGACUGAGUGUGGUCUUUGUUGCUACUUCAUAGUUUGGUCACUGAAUGCACACAAUUGUACGAAAGAUUUCAAAGAUCUAACAGACCAGGUGUUUGGGGAAUUUUAAAAUUUAUAUAUACAUAUAUAUAAUUUGAGUGUGUGUUAAAGCCAUUUGGGAUGGUUGCAGAUUCCCCCCCCCCUUCUUCUUACCUCCCCCCCCCUUUUUUUUUUCCUCUCUCUCUUAGGUGUAGAAAAGAAAAACUUCACUACCUCCUAUGCAUCAGCUAAAAGAAACCAUAUUAAGUUGUUAAACUGAGUAUCAACUGUUGGUUGCAGCAAAAACUUCUUGCACAGCAUUCACAGCUUUUGCUUCUGUAAUUAAUUUUUCUGUUUAUAGGUAGUGUUAACUGCAACUAGAAAAUUUAUUUCGGAAAGCUGUUAACAUGUUUGAAUCUAAUUCAUGAUGAGUCAGGACUACCUAGUUUUAGAAAGGAUUAUUUUCCUUUAGAAUUUACUCUCUGAAAGUUUUAUUACCUUUAUUGUGUGGUCAUAAAGUCCUGUUUGAAACAAACAUAAAAAUAAUUUAUCAGUUCUUCUGUUUGGCUUUCUAGCGUUAACUUUGCAAAGCAGACCAUGACUAACACUAACCAGGCGCUCCACAAUUUUGUAAAUCUCCAUUUUUAACAUAAAGAAAAGUAAAAGACUCUACAAUUCAAGUCCCUUAUGUUGUGGAAUAUUUUUUGUUCUAAUGAUGUCAUGCUUUAUGAUAAGAUAAAAAAAAUAAACGGAGGAAAUAGCUUUCUUGAAAGCAGGUGUACUUGCUUUUACUAUAUGUGUAUACACACAUGAUCCAUCUAAUAACAAUUUCCAUAGAACUUUCCUAGUUUUAUGGGGUUUCCACUUGCUCCAGGAGUGCAGUGAGUGGAUGUUAAAACUUUUUAUGAAUAUAUUUGCUACCCCCAUACAUUGUUAUGCCCAACCAAAAUAUUUCAUGCCAGUUUGAUUAAACUAAUACAGAUUCAUAGCUAAUUGUAGAUGAGGUUAACAUGAGUUUAUGACCACUGUCGCAAGGUCGUUGCUUAUAAUUCUUUUUUAAUCUAUUUACUUCAUCCACUUAUAAAAUCAAAAAAUAUUUUGUAGUUGGUUAUAGUAGUGGUUACAGUUUGAUGCUGUGGUUUUCUUUACAGUAAACACAUCGCAUCAACAGCAAAUUAGAUGUAUUUUACUACAUCGAGCUUUGGUUUGGUUCAUUUUUGUUUUGCUUAUGAAUUGGGAUGGGUCUGUUUAAACAUGUUUUCGGGGUAUGCUGCAUGUAGGAAAAAAGAAAUGAACAUUUUAUCAUGUGGUUUACAGCUUUGAAUAAUGCGAGGAAGUGUGAAAUAGAACAGGACUUAAUAUAUUAAAAAAAAAAAUUAAGAUUUGUUUACCUUCUCCCUCAAAAGGCCUCGUAUACCAGUGAUUUUUUUCAGUUGGGUUUGUGCAGUCAGUUUCAGGUAAAAGUAAAGCCAUGCCCAGCCUAAUACACAAAGUAAAAAUGAGAUGAAGUAUAUAAUCAUUUUGUUGAUGCCAGGUCAAUUUUUUUUAAAACCAGUUCUAGGAAUUGCUGGAUGAUAACAAGAUUUUGAGGUGGUAUAUUGGGAUCAACUAUUCACUUUUGUGGCUUGAUGCUGUUGAAAAAUUAAAAACUUUGCUUUUGCUCUUGUAUGUUCAGGUCAUAUUUGUAAUCGGUAUGAAUACACUGUUGAGGUUGGUUCCCUUCCCUCGUUGUAUAGGUUAUACUGUGGUCUUCAGUUUAAACUGGUGGCAUUCAAGUUCACAUGUAUGAAAAUUAGCACCUUUCCUUUUUGGAAUUGUAUAAAUUGUUUUUCAAAACUUUCCCAUGGAUGAGAGCAAACCAAACAUGGUUGUGCAGUCUGUCCUUUAAGAGUGAAAAGUGUAGAAACUGCAGGCAGAUGUGUGCUACCUCAAUGUGUGGAAAUUUGGUAUAUUAGUCUCUUAAGGGGGGGUGGGGAGGCUGGUGGAAGCCUCAAAUACUUAAAUCUGCAUUGGACAUUGCUUCUAGAUAACUGCAUGUUCUGGUUAAUAUAGUUGUGGAGGUUGUGCUAUCACUUUGUGUUUCUCUUAUAAUUGACAAAAUAUCAAAAUGAAACAGAAAGCUUAUAGAGCAUUUUUGCAACCUUUUUUUCAUAACCUUCUCUGGCUUGAAACUAAGUGGUGUUAACAGCAAAUGAUGCAUGGACUCCAGCUCAUGUGCAUGCACACACACAUUCUUUGAAAAGGGCUGUAGUUUCGAGGUCUGCAGAAAAAGCAGGCUGGACACUAGCAUUGGCAGUAUGUGGAAACAGAACUUGUCAUAUUUGAUGUGAAGAAAGAAAUAAAAAUAGUGGCAACAGAGCUUUCUUAGCAUAAAGGGAACAUUACAUAUCAUAUAUAGCUAGCUGGCAUGUUCACCAUAUUUGUGGCAAAUUAAAAAGGGUCAUUGCU